AUCGACAGCAGAACCACGUACCGGGACCGCGGGUUUCCCCGAAACCGUACUCUUCCAGCAGUAUCCGUGCAAUCUGUUGGCGAUACAUUGUGUCGGUCGUGUUGUUUCGCGUAUCGUUCGCCGUUUGUGGUCAGCUUUCGAUUCACCCCGAACUGCUGACUCGCUCCCAGCACUGACCGUGUGUGCGUGUGUCUGGCUGUGUGCAUUUGUGUGUGGUUCUGUUGACGUUGAAUCGUUCCCUUUGGUGCGGUGCACUGCAGUGUCAAUAGAAAAGGUCGGAGUGAAAACGGUUCGCGUCGAAAAUCGUACGGAGAAACGGUGAAAAAGGGCAGCAGUUGGAAGGGUGAAAGGAGUAGGCUGGGUGUGGAGGAGUUGCCGAAAAAUAUCAUGACUCAUCAAGGCUGAUUUCGUGCUGAUUGCAAGUCGGUCGUUCGGUCGUGUUUACGUGUGUGUGUUCCGUUCGGUGCGAAGGUGGCUGCAGAUACGGAGACCGUAUCGCGAGAAAUUCGUUGCUACGUUUCUUAUCAUAUCGCAACCGUGUCGUACGCAGUAGCCCAGGCCUCCUAGAGCUUCGAGCAAAGUAAGGGCACCGAAUGCAGUGAGAAGGCCGUUCAGUUGUUACCUUGUGCGUUCACAACAUUUAAAGCACACAUACACGGCCACACAAACACACGGAAAGGGAACGAGCGCGCGCGCACCGUAGUGGAAGUCUGCGGCAUUUGGCUGGAAAAUUUACACAUCACACGUAACACAGUGACGGUAUUUGGCCGUCCCGGUGGCAGCUGGCGCAAACACCAUCCUAAAAAGCAAAAAAAAAAAACCAACAUCACCAACACGCACGCACGGCGGUGUGAUAUUUGGCCGUGUGGUCAGCAUAAAAGUCAUAAAAGCGCCAGACGGCAGCCAGACGUUGGCGCCCGCGCGGAAGAAACGAAGGGCCCGAUAUAUCUAAAUAAAUCUCGCUUGUGUGUGUGUUGUGUUUGCGCCCCGUACCAGCCGCAAUACCAGGCACCCAUCAGGCAAGCAUUGCAUUUUUCUGUCACGGUGAGUGAGUGAGUGAGUGUGCUGCACCACUCAUCCAUCCUUCUGUUGGCCGUCAUCGUCCUCCACCGUAUCGGGUUCGCCGUCUCCAAAAGGUGCCUGUCGCACCGAGAACGUUCCGUUCGGUGACAUUUCACAUUAAUAUCUUCGUUGCAUCUGUUCGUGUUCCUUCCCUCCUCCGGCUGCAUUAGAUGGCGACGACAACGACCGGUACGGGGGGCGGUGUGGGAGGCGGAACAGGUGGCAGCAGCAGUGCGCUCGGUGCGAUGGCAGCCGCGGUCACGUCCGUGGCAACCGCCGCGAGUCCGUCGACGUCAGCCUCCUCGGCAAACCUGGCACCGCCACCGCAACCCGUCACGCCGUGGCCGAACAGUCGUGAUGAUUACGAGCUGAACGACGUGAUCGGUGUCGGUGCGACGGCAGUCGUACACAAUGCCUACUGCCUGCCGCGCAAGGAAAAGUGCGCCAUCAAGCGCAUCAACCUGGAGAAGUGGAACACGUCGAUGGACGAGCUGCUGAAGGAGAUACAGGCGAUGAGCAGCUGCAAUAACGAGAACGUCGUCACGUACCACACGAGCUUCGUGGUGAAGGAGGAGCUGUGGUUGAUCCUGCGGCUGCUCGAGGGCGGCAGCCUGCUCGACAUCAUCAAGCACCGGAUGCGGACGGUUAACUGCCGGCACGGCGUGUUCGACGAGUCGACGAUCGCGACCGUCCUGAAGGAGGUGCUGAAGGGGCUGGAAUAUUUCCACAGCAAUGGCCAAAUACAUCGGGACAUUAAGGCGGGCAACAUACUGCUCGGUGACGACGGUACGGUACAGAUUGCCGAUUUCGGUGUGAGCGCGUGGCUCGCAACCGGUGGCGAUCUUUCGCGGCAGAAGGUGCGGCACACGUUCGUCGGUACACCGUGCUGGAUGGCACCGGAGGUGAUGGAGCAGGACCACGGGUACGAUUUCAAGGCGGACAUCUGGUCGUUCGGCAUUACCGCAAUCGAGAUGGCAACCGGGACGGCACCGUAUCACAAGUACCCGCCGAUGAAGGUGUUGAUGCUGACGUUACAGAACGAUCCGCCGACGAUCGAUACCGGGGCGGACGAGAAGGAUCAGUACAAAGCGUACGGCAAGACGUUCCGCAAGCUGAUUGGCGAAUGUCUGCAGAAGGAACCGUCGAAGCGGCCCACCGCCAGCGAGCUGUUGAAGCAUCCGUUCUUCAAGAAGGCGAAAGAUCGCAAGUACCUGACGCAGACACUGCUCGCGACCGGUCCAUCGAUGGAGACGCGCGUACAUAAGGCGGCGAAACGGCAGGCCGGCGCAUCCGGCCGGUUGCAUCGCUCGAUGACCGGGGAGUGGGUGUGGUCGUCUGAGGAGGAAGACAACGCCAAGAACGAAUCGGACGACUCGGAAACGGAAGAACGGCCGAUGAACCGGCUGGAGCGGAUGGAUUCGUCAUCCUCCGAAACGGAAGACACGUCCGAACGGUCGGGCGUCACGGUGACCGGCUCGACGCAGUCUACCGACCCGAAAACGAUCGAAGCAUCCGCCGCCCUCGGCGCCAUGUCGAUCGGUUCCGACACGAUGGUACCGGUGAAUCUGGUUCUGCGGAUGCGUAACGCAAAUCGCGAACUGAACGACAUCCAGUUCGAGUUCGUCGUCGGCAAGGACUCGGCGGAGGACAUUGCGGCCGAAUUGGUCGGCGCGGGACUGCUCGACGAGCUGGAUGUAGCGAUCAUGUCGGCGAAUUUGCAGAAGCUGAUCGAUAACCGGGGUGCGCUCAAGACGGUCACCUUCCAGCUCAGGUCCGGUUGUGCGCCGGGCGAGCAGCUGGACGAGAAAUCGCUCGUUGGCUAUGCACAGAUUUCGAUCAAAUGAUGGGCCGGCGAUCGUGUCUCCAAUUAACGCGGCUUGCGGCACGUUUUUCCGCACUGUACCACUUCCUUCCUGUCACCCACCCCGCCUAAACAUAGCCCCUCGUUCUUUCCCUGCUGUUGUUUCUAUUCCCAAAUAAAAAAAAAACGUAGAUUUCGCCCAUCUAGAAGAGGUAGGGAAAGUGUUGUUAAACUUAAAGUUUGAAACCAACGUGCCGGUGGUAGUUUCGGCGCUCCACUGGUUAGGCUAAAUGAGAAGAAAAAUUAAAUUACGUUAAGGGAUUCAGCUUUUAGACUUCCACUGGCGAGGGUGGUAAGAAGGGAAUGGGUAAAACAAAACGACCACUAGUACUAGUAGACGUAAAUAGUAGCAGAUAGUAGUAGUAGCAGCAGCAGCAGCAGCAGCAGCAGCAGCAGCAGCAGCAGCAGCAGCAGCAGCAGCAGCAGCAGCAACAGAAGCAUUAGUUUUAGCAUCAACACGGGAUUGCGAGUGAGAGACACACAGUGCAAAAGAAGGGAGGAAAGUCGAGACAUAGCGUGCGAGUUGCAAAAUACAAAACCGAAAAUGAAGGCGGCUUCAUUUUGUACGCCCCCUAUAUGCCCAGGGACGCCUUUACGAACCUCGCCUAGAAAGGAGAUCGGCAGUGAUCAGCUUUUAGCGUGGGUCGGUUCGACUGGAUACGUUAUCCUUUCCCGAAUCGUUAAUAAGCCUAUAAAAACGAAACGAAAUACCGUUUGAAGGAAGCAACACAAAACCCAACAAUAUCGCCACUCCCGCCUUCAGCAAUAAGGGACAAAAGGGAAAGUCAUGCACGAAAGUCAGAUCACCGUCCGGAAAAAAGGGCAGGUGAACGCAGAGGCAACGAAGUAAAACACAUCAUAAAACACGAGAACCGAAUACCUUACUAAGGUCACCGAAUGAUAAUACUGUGUAUGUGUGCGCCUGAGUGUGUACCUUUGUAAAGGUUGAAUGUCUUUCAUUUGUUAAUCGUUUUGUUUAUCACAUGGUCAAAUAUUGAACAUACUGGUGGAAGUAGGAGUAGGAGUAGGGAGAGAGAGAGGGAAGAACGAGUAGGAGGCGGUUGUGGAAAAGGGUUGCAGAAUAAUGAACAGCUGGUUUGGUUAGCAUGGUCAGAAUAUAAAAUAACAAAUUCAAAUAGAAAGACUUUAAACACUACAGUAGUGAUGUGUGGCGUGGACACCCGCCUACCACUAUCUGUUUCGAAUCAUAAGAAUCUAGCAAAAAGCGACCGAAACACCUUGCGUACACCCCUCACUGGUAUGAAGAAAGCUAUAUUAGUUCUUGCGUGCACACGCACGAUGUAUUUCUUUUCGUUUUUAGUGGAAUUGAGCUUUAAAAAAGCAUUACUGUUAAAUCAUUCACGGAUUGGGAAGGCGAAACAGGCCGGAUACGGGAAGGGUAGAGAAAGUGCAAGAUGCCGCGAUGGUAUGGGAGGGAAGGCCCACAAAGCCAGAAUGUUUGUACCGCGUGUUGGUUUGCGUGAAACACGUGUUUAGUUUUGACUGACAAAAAAUAUAGUGUUUGAGCCGUA